AUGGCGGCCAUCCCUUCCAGCGGCUCCCCCGGUGAGUGCGCGCCCCGCCCCGGGAACGCCCGCGGGCCGCCCAGCAGCCGCUGGUACCGUGACCCCCCUUCUUUCUCAGGUCUCCCCAAGGCUGACCCUGGGCACUGGUGGGCGAGCUUCUUUUUCGGGAAGUCCACGCUCCCGUUCAUGGCCACCGUGUUGGAGUCUCCGGAGCACUCAGAGCCCCCGCAGGCGCCCGGCAGCUUGAUCACCUGUGGCUCGGCCCUGGCGGGGAGGAAGCAGCCCCGCAGCCCCACCGCCGCCGGCCCCCCGCCCUGA